AUGGCGUACGAGACAGAGCCGAGCAUCGUAGAGGCAACAUCACUCUCCACCAUCCAGCACAUCGCCACCAAUCCUCCAGCACAUCCGAAGGCGCCUACCGAUGUGCCACGGCUGCCUUUGGUCUUGUAUAUUGCCCGCGUUCCGGGCAGUCGGGAUGUCUUCUUGACGCCGAUAAAACCGCGCGAGAAAGUUGUCACGGCCGAGGAUGUCCAGAGCUCGCUUUACUUCAUCCAUGUCCACGACGCUGCAGACGAUGAAGAGCCCGGCCAUCGGCCAUCGCCUGUGCAGCCGAAUCCGCCUCCAUAUCCUCUUGACGAUGGUCCUCCAAAUGUAUCACUGCUUCCUCUCGCUCCGCCCAAGCACGGAAGACUCGGCCGCGUAUUGCGCAAGCCCGUUGCAUCUGGCACUUCGUCUGCACACAUCACUCCAACAGACUUGCCAGUCUUGCCCCGUCGGCCACUGCCUACACCUCCUCAGGACGAGCAGCCAUUGGAACAGUCUCUGCAUGCGCAUAACAAGAAUCUUCUCCGCCGAGCAGAACAUAGCGAUGAGAAUAAUCCGUACCUUCGCGAGUAUGAGCCACUGCCACCACCAAUCGAUUCCGCCCAUCUGCCCGAACCUGGAAGUCUCACCUUGAUAAGACGCAAUCCAGCCUCGAGCGAACAAUGGAAUGUGGCUUCAAUACACGAUCCACCGGUCCAAGAAAUCUCUUCAGCCGCACUUCGUAAUCCGACUGCUGCUCAGAGAACCAAACGAGGAGGAGCACCCCUAUAUCUUGACAUUUCAAAUCCAGGCUACACGCAAUUCAUCCAGCACGAAAGGACACAAUCACGCCAGAGCUCAGACACGACCAGUUCGAACAGCAGCGAUCCGCCACCAGAUGGAGUGUUUCGGAGACGCUUGUACAUGCCAGGCUCACAGUAUGGCGAGCAUUUGUACAAUAAAAGCCGCAGAUCUAGUUCUGUCACUACUUUCAGCGCACCAAUGGACGAGGCGUCUAUGCGACAUUCAAUGCGAUAUUCAGUCGAUAUGGGCUCGUCUACCUCUUCUGCACCGUAUGCAGACAGGCGCAGCAAAGGCUAUACCUUCAACAGUCCCUGGGACGGCCGCUGUGAGUUCUCUACCGGAGCGACAGGCAAAAGUCUCCGAUGCAAGCACUAUCCACCCCGCACGCCAGGUCAAUCGAUAGAAGUCAGCGAGCUGAGGUUCAAUCUACCCACCAGUUCCAGCAAGGCUGCAAAUGCACCAUUGACCGACAAACGAUCCUCGUACAUGAGCGGUCUACAUCGCCGACUCCAUUCAUCCAGCGAAGAUGGCAGCGUCGAUUUCGUGUUUGAUGAUGACGGAAAUUUGGACCUAACACUAGGACGAGAGAAGGCUGGAGGAGGAUUCGGAGGCAAACAAGCAAAACUCGGGAAGCUGAUCAUACAGCCUGAAGGACUCGCCAUGCUGGACUUGCUCGUUGCUGCCAAUGUUGGCCUGUGGUGGAGGGCAUGGGGAAGAUGA